CACUGGGGAAAGCUUCCAACACACAAUCCACGACGAGCACAGCUUGGGAACGACAACAGAAAAAAAAAGCCUACAGCUCCAAACAUUCAGCUCCAAGAACCAUAUAUUUUCCCUCUCACAACGAAAAAGUAGGGUAGGUGGGCCUAUCGUGAGCAUUUUUUCUUAAACGUCUUUGAGAAGCAGGGGAAGGCAGAACUGAGUACGACUACUACCUGCUAAAAAGAAAGCUCUUUCUCUCCAGUCUCCAAAGCAGUGCCUUUGAUGUAUGGCAACAGAUCACUGAUCAGAUUACAGGCAUUUGGUCUCACUGCUCGUCUGCCUUUGAUCUGUGUGCUUAAUUUUAUUUUCCUGGAUUUGAAGUUUGCCUGGGCUUGUGCUGACAUACUUUUUUUUAAAAGAGGAGAUGAAGGCAUUUAAUACAGAAGCUCUGGCAGAGUGAAAUUCAGUUGCAGAAAGGGUGACUAUUGGAUAAACGUCAGCAUACAUCAGGAAAGGGAUAAUGGCUUGUGUCCAGCUGACAUCGGUAAAGUGCCACUUGAUAGCAGCAGAGAACAAAUUUGCCCAAUAGCAGCCUAUUAUUAAGUGCAGCAAUGUCUGAUUUUAAGCCAGAAAUGUUUGAACUGGCGACAGAAACAGGAAGCAUGCAGCUGGCACACUUUGGUUUCUUUCAAGACUUGCUUCCAGGCAAGUCAGUCAGUUAUUUGUAUGCUCCAACUCCUUUAAUUUUUAAUCUAAUUUUCUGUGUGAAAAGCACCAUGUUAUUAUUGCAUAUUGUGGUUCAGAAAUCGUAUUGCAUGCUAGGUUGGAUUGGAUACUGUUUCUACAUAUAUCUGCUGAGCUGUCUGAGCUGGGAUGUUUUUGUGAAUUGGAUGCUAGUAAAAUAGCUAGACACAUAUGCUGUAAAGUACUGAAGAGAAUUUGCAACAACUGCUGAGGAUCUAUGCUUUUUCUGAAAUUUAAUAUCCAGAUGUUCACAAGUUUCUUUUUGAAAGUUCCAGUUGUCAUAAACUUCAUCUCAAAGCCUUUUGAUAAAUUGCACUAUUCUCAAAGUUGAAUAAUUCUUUAAAAUAUAAAUGAGGCAAUUCAUCUCAUUACAGCACAGCAAAAUAAGCAGAGGUACUAGGCUAGUUCUAGAAUCGCCAUGUGAAAGACUUGAUAUUUGAAAGCUGAUGCUGAGUUUUAGCACAUGAAAUUCCUCGUAUUUAAUUCUUCACUAAAAGAGUUCAGAUAUGGAUAUAAAGAGGUCACAGUGGCCUUAUACCAUCCUGAAGGUUCUGCUGCUUAUAACGUAUUUGUUGAAAAUCGCAAUUUGUGAAACAGGAGACUGUAGAGAGCAAGAGUUCAGGGUUCAAAAUGGAGAUUGUCUUCCAUGCGAACAGUGUGGACCAGGAAUGGAAUUGUCUAAGGAAUGCGGCUUUGGUUAUGGUGAAGAUGCCCAUUGCAUGACAUGCAGGCCAAACAGAUUCAAGGAGGACUUUGGCUUUCAAAAGUGCAAACCAUGUUUGGACUGUGCUCUAGUAAAUCGGUUUCAGAAGGGCAAUUGUUCUGCUACCAGCAAUGCUGUUUGUGGAGACUGCUUACCAGGAUUCUACAGAAAGACCAAGCUUGGAGGUUUUCAAGAUAUGGAGUGUGUUCCUUGUGGUGACCCACCUCCUCCUUAUGAACCUCACUGCACUACAAAAGUGAAUCUGGUUAAAAUCCCAUCAACCGCUUCCAGCCCACGAGACACUGCUUUAGCCGCUGUGAUAUGCAGUGCACUGGCAACGGUACUCUUAGCUCUCCUUAUCCUAUGUGUCAUCUACUGCAAAAGACAAUUUAUGGAAAAGAAGCCUAGCUGGUCUAUGAGAUCGCAGGGUAUUCACUAUGAAGGCUCUGAACUAUCAUGUUUUGAUAGACAACAACUUAAUGUAUAUGCUCAUAGAACAUGCUGCCAAUGCCAGCGGGACCCAUCCCAGAUGUGUGGCCCAGUGCAUUUGAUUCCAUCACUGUGCUGUGAUGAGACUUGUAGUCUGGAACACAGCUGUCAUAGCUGUCCUUUUCACUCUCAGGCUACCCUUCAUGAAAGAAAUUCGGAUUCUGUUGGAGAAAUGAUUCCAGCAUUCCUUGGUUCUCUUUCACAUGCUACCUGUGGAGAUCUUUCCGAUGCUUGGCCCCUUAUCCAAAAUCCAGGUUGUUGUGAUAGUAUCUCUUUCUGCGAAUCGUAUCCCGAGCUAACUGGAGAAGAUGAAAAUUCCUUCAGUCUGGAGACUGAAAAAACAGCCAUUAUAGAUUCAGACAAUGAACAGGAUCUAGGUACAUUCACACCUACAAGGGCACAUUUUGGGGACUUGACAGAGUCAACUGAACUUCCCCAAAAGACUUAUUGUACAGCUGCUUCAUUAAAUGAGUUCUUAGUUGCUGAAACAUCCUCAGAAACAGAGUGUGACAGAACAGCUCAUUAUUCCACAAACUGAUGGCCAGGAAUCUAAAGGACCUUUCCUGUCAGCUUUUAAACUGAAUGCUUCCUUGCAUGCCUGUCUCCUAAUGCUUGUGACUGGAAUGUGGCCUGGAUCUUGAUGUUACAACGUUUCAGAAACAGCUGAAAUAAAUUGGCAGCAUUUCAAAGCUCUCAAGCAGUUGCAUUUGAAGCACAGCAGCUGUACAGGAUAACUUCAAGGAGCAGCUUGGUAAAAGAUCAAAGGCAGAUCUAUGCUACUCUGUCUCUUUUCUAAACAGCAAGCUUCUGUGCCUCUCAACACACAAUCAAACUUUGGUGACUGAUCUCACAACUAAGCAGAUUAUGUAAAUAUAACAAGCAAUAGAAUAGCAUUUGUGUGUGUGUGUGGCUACUAACAACAGAAGCUGUGUGUCGGGUUGCCCAUUAUUCUGUUGGCAAAGGAAGCAUUUAAUAGGAUUUUUCAUGUAGAAUGUGCCAAAAAUCCAGAAUUGUGGGAGAGUCCUUAAAACAAACACCAAAAAAACCCCUAAAGCUUUUAUGCUUUCUUGUGGUCUUGGGAACUAAGGAAUAUGUUUGUUACAGUACCAUGGGGCCACUGUGCGAAACAGGAUGCUGGACUAGAUGGGCCUUGGGCAGAUCCAUCAGAGCUGUUCUUAUGUUCUUACCAUAAACAUAAAUAUCUGUGUGGAAAACUUGCUGUGAAAUUGCAAGACAAUAUCAUACUGCUUGUUCCAUUGAGAUUUAUCGCUGCCAAAACAUGUUAACACUAACUUCUAGUGAAAUAUUUCCCCAUAAAUGUGUGAACCAUCACUUAUAUAUUGAUGUGCUAAAACUGUGGGCACUAUCCAGCCAACAAAUAAGCCCCACUUUAUUUCAUAACUCUAAAAUUGAUGGGAAUUAAGUGCUUAUCUUUUGGCUGGAUUGUGCAAACGUUUGUGUUAAAGUUUGAAAUGGAGGUGAAAAUUAAAUUAGAAAAGGUCUGCCUGAUAGCUAGUGUGGUUUGAAUUUCAUUAAUGCAUUUUGUAUUUGGAAAGGACAGUACUUGUAUAGUAUGACUCCAAAAUAAUGAAUGUCUUUCAUAUUAAAUUACUCCAGAUGCAACAUAGCACAGAAGUGUUUAUGCAUGCAGAAGCCAAAGGUCAUUUAUUUUGUCCCUUGUAUGGGUACAGUAUGGGACAAUUGUUUGAAGACACUGGCAUAAUAUCUUCAGUUUUCCUACAUCCUCUUCAUCAGAUCUCUUUUCUUGUUUCAGUUCUUAACAGUAUGAACAAGAUUUGCAUAGGAUUUUUCAUAAAUCCAAGGAGCAAUAUGCAGAAUUAAAUAGUACUGGUAUAAGGUUUUAUUGCUCAUAUAUUAACCACUCUGGAAUUUUGUGGCUAAUACUACCAGAUUAAUUUAAAUCCUCUUGAUUUGGUUUGCAAACUACCCCUUAUCUAGUCAUCUGGAGUAAAUAUAAAUUGCUUCCAGGUGACUAGGCUGAUCCAGUUUUUCCUUUGCAGCUUGUCUUCAUCCUGAGUCUGGCUAUAAAAUAAAAUCCCUUCCACACACAUAAUCCGAUACCAAGUGAGUUUUUCAGUAUCCAUACAGAAUGAUUGAGUCACCACUUUCACUUUUAUCCUGCUUUGUUUUACAAAUAGCUGCUUUUGAAUUGUGUUUUGCAUCUCGUUGAGAGCCUUCCACAGUUGUCUGGAUCUUCUUGACUAUCUAAACAUAGUUUAGAUUAUCUGUACUGUGGAAUUCUUCCCUUCCGUUUACUUUCUCCUGCAUGCCCUCAGGCUGAGUCGUUUGGAAUCCGGAAGGUUUGUUCAUUCUUUUGUGGUUGUAGCUCUUUCUCUUUUGAAAUGGAAAGGCCUCAGAAAUUCUUUUGGGAUGCAGUUUAUUUCCAAGCUCUUUGUUUCUAUUCAUGUUUACUUGGAAGAGAGACUCACUGAGUUCAGUGCGAUUAUUUGUAAGUGGGCUACAAUCCUGUGCACACCUUAAACUAGUUUCCUAUGUUAGCAAACACCAAUGAAAACAGAGAAACUGGGGAAAAAAACAUGCAUAAGAACAGGUUGUGUGUGUCCAUUUGGGCAAAACAGGGAUUCUCCUUACCACCCUGCCCCUGUUUAUGACUUCUUAGGGGAGAAAAUGGGAAAUUCUUUCUUUGACAUUUCCUCAAGCUAGAAAUAUUUCCCCCUUUUCCCUUUCUUCCAUAAUAGAAACUGCCCUGAGUACUACAGUAGCUAUGUACCUCAAUUAAAAAGUCUUGUGGUGGUGCCUGCACAUGUAAAAAUAUAUUGAUUUUUUUUUUAAAUAAACUUGCUUUAGUACAAGUAAAAAUAAAACAUGGAUCCUGUGAGGUUGCCAAGGGAGAAUAAGGCUUGAUUAAGGGCUGAAGAAAUAGAGUUGUUAGUUAUAUCGUCUGGGUGCAGAGCAGACCCAAUAGAUUUUGCUGGAACGAUUUUUUAUUUUCACAUUCACAGCGCUGAGUAUGUCCUGCUGUGCUCUUUUUCUCAUCACACUGGGGAAAGAUACCCUGUUCUGCCCCCCCAAUAUGCUGGAUACAGCAGGGAUCUUCACUGCCCUUCUCCAUCCUCCCCACCCUGCCGCAAUGUCCUGUUAUAUACACUGAGGUCAUUCACACAGUCAAAAACUGUGUUCUGGGUAGCUUUUCCUCCUACGUUGCUCCCACACAACGAGGCUAUUCACACAAGUGAGAAAAACUGGGCUGAGAGAGCUCAGCCCCGUUUUGCUCACUUGUGUGAACCACUGGGAUCUCGCCAGAGGCAAACCUGCCUAUGUAGCCUCCUCAUUAAAUGAGUUUAAGGGAGUGAGUGUUCCCUUACCCUCAUUUUUUGAUCGUGUGUCUUCUCACAGUCACAGCGGGCACACUCGGGUGGAGGGGGGCUCUCAGUAAUGCACUGCCCGGGGGUAGGGUGCUGCACGGUGGUACUUCCCUGUGCCCAACCCCCGGAGCACCCAAGCAAGGUGCAGGAGCACCACAGGGAAACUGCCACUGCAGGGCGGCCCAGAGACCAACAGAGGGGGGAAAGUAAGGUUAACCCUCCUUCCCUGCAGUUAGCCCCAAAGUUCUUCUCACUGAUCGUGAGAAGAGCUUCGCUCAUUUCUACCCAAGUUUCCCUCCUACCUUGCUUCCACACAACCAAAAAUUGGGAGCACACCCAGCUCCCAAGCCCAGACAGAACAGAGAUUUUGAUUGUGUGAUCAUUUUGAUUGUGUGAUCACCUCAUCGUUUCCUUACUGACAGCUAAUGUGUACAGAGAAGGAAGAUUUGGUAAGUGAAGGGGAUGCUGUGUUAUCUCUCUUGAGUAAUGAAGCAAGAAGAGUAAAACAGAGUACAUGUAGCAGGGUAAGUUGAGGCAGUAGAACCACAAUGACUUCCCCACUCUCACUCAUUCCCCAGACAGCCCUCUGUACAUCCACUUUACCUGCUUUCUAUGCAGCAAGUGGUUUAGUUCCCAUCUAUCGGUAUAGAGAGAAGGGCAGUAUAGAAAUCGAAAUAAUAAUAUCUGGCUGAGCCAACCAAUCCAUUUUCCACACAGCUGCUGGGACUUGCUGGAAGCCUUCCCUCCAAGGGAAUAAAUUCACAGCUGCUGGGCUCUUCAGAAUGGCUGCCCUUCCCUAAAUUCAACUGGGCAGAGGUACUCCCUUGUCAGUUUCCAAUUGCUCUGCUAGUUUUGUUUCCACCAACUCCCCUUUUGCCUGCCAUGCAGAUUCAGAAGCCUAUGACAUUUUUAUGGUUUCUACUGUCAUGACAUGACCCUUGGCCUAGAUUCCAUUUUAGCUGGUUUGUUCUUCAGUGUUCUUUGGUUCCCACGGCUAUUGCAGUCAUCCCCGGAUUGCCUUUGAUUCUGAGUAUGCACACUGAUGGCUGAAGCCAAGUCCUGAUAUCAUGCUAGCAAGUGUGGGUUUUUUAAAUUUUCUGCCUCCUAUUCCUUGGCUAACCUCUAAGCAUGGAAUUUCCUAUCAAACUCUGAACCAACCACUUGUAUCCAGAGGAAGUAUUUAAUCUGAUUAUGAGAUCAGUUACUGGCAUGUAACUGGCCAUAUUCGUUACUAGCAGAAUACAAAUAUACUGGUGUUAAAAAGUGACAGCCUCAUCAGCAAACCAAGAGAGUCAAAGGACACUGUCACCCAAGAAGCAUGAACCCCACUGACAUCCAUGGAACAGUAGCAUUCAUGCACAGCUUCCAUUUACUGCUUACACAAGACUUCUAGUGAUUUGUGUCUGAACAAUUUACCUUUCAGCUGAUCAGUACCCUUGAAAACAGGACUUUAAUUAAGAAUAUAAGAACAGCCUUGCUGGAUGAGACGAUCAAGUCAAGCAUCCUGGUUCUAGAAGCAGCUGUCCAGGUUUCUUAACUGUCCAUUAGCUUUCCAUAUUUGUAUAGACAGUGGAAUGAGUGUCAUCUUUACUGAACAAGUGCAUUAGAAUUAUAAAUUAAAGGGUUGUGUCACAACCCUGUGCACACUUACAGUUAGUAACUCAGUGGGAUUUACUUCCAAGUCACUAACAGGAUUAGACUUCUUACAUUAAAAUUCUUGUUAGAAAAUUCAUGUUUUUAUACACUACACUACAAAAACACAGCAAAUGUGUAUCCUUUUUGCGUGAAGAACUAUAUAUUUGUGUACACUUUGUAAAUUUUAAAAAAAUCCAACAUGCAUUUCAGUAUUCUGCAGAUCUGUUGAUAGAAUAUACAUAGAGACUACUGUUUACUUAUGAAAACUGCUUUCAAAGAGAUUAUGGUUACACAUGUUGUCUUUCUCCCCCGAGAAGUAUGUUUCCCAUUGAAAUUUACACAUUGUAUGAUUAGGUUUUGCCACCAGCUACAUACAAAGCUCAGCUGUUAAACAUGCAGCAAGAGCCAGUCCUUUAAAAUUUGUAUAUUGUGUAAAUACGGUUUUCAAAAUGUUUGAUUUAACCAAAUUGGUCUUGAUUAUGUUGCCUAGGGCAAGCAAUGUUGUAUAUUCCAGUAGAAAACAUACACACAUUUUUAGCCAAUCUGCUUGUAGGCAAAAUGUUUUCCAAUAUUAUUUUUCAUGCAGGAAUUCAGAGGACAAAACCUGUAAAUUACAACCUUGUGUACAUUUUUUAUAUAUUUUUCUAUUUGUUAAUAAAUAGCUUUUGAAAUAUUAA